CCCCGGCAUCCCCAGUAUUUAUCUGACGGGUUUCCUUCGGCCGUCAGACAUUGGUAUAUAUCUACAUAUACCUCACGCCCAUCGCUGGCGUCCUCAGAACAAUAUCAUAAUACAUCCUUAACUGCAUUGCAUUCAAGAUGUCUGGCAUGUUUACCAACGAAAAGGUCGAGAAUCCCGACUCGUCCGACCCCUCGAUCGAACGCAGAGUCGACAACUCCGAAGUACCUACCCGCAAGAAGGAGACUGGCAACGCAUACGAUGGCACCGACAAGAUCAUCCUGACAGAAGAUGACUGCUACGAAGAACUCGGUUUCUGCUUUCCUACAUGGAAGAAGUGGACGAUUCUGUCUGUCAUCUUCAUCGUUCAAGUCUCGAUGAACUUCAACACAAGUUUGUACAGCAAUGCCAUUACUGGCAUGACAGAAGAGUUUGGCAUUAGUGCCCAGGCUGCUCGUUGUGGUGCCAUGAUCUUCUUGGUCCUCUAUGCUUUUGGUUGUGAGCUUUGGGCUCCUUGGUCUGAAGAACUCGGAAGAUGGCCUAUCCUCCAGCUCAGUUUGUUCCUCGUCAACAUCUGGCAAAUCCCUGUCGCCCUCGCUCAGAACUUCGGAACCGUCAUGGCUGGCCGUGCCCUUGGUGGUCUGUCAUCUGCCGGUGGUUCCGUUACUCUUGGUAUGGUUGCCGACAUGUGGGAGGCCGAUGAGCAGCAGUACGCUGUUGCCUUCAUCGUCUUCUCCUCUGUUGGUGGUUCCGUCCUUGGUCCUGUCGUCGGUGGUUUCGUCGAACAAUACGCUGCAUGGAGAUGGAACAUCUGGAUUCAGCUUAUCUUCGGUGGUUUCGUUCAAGCUCUCCACUUCUUCCUCGUCCCCGAAACUAGAACCAGCUCCAUGCUCGACAAGAUCGCUAAGAGACGUCGCAAGGCUGGUGAGACCAACGUUUACGGUCCCACUGAGCUCAUUCCCUGGAAGGAGCGCUUCUCUGCCAAGGAGAUCAUUCAAACCUGGAUCCGCCCCUUCAAGAUGUUCCUCACCGAGCCUAUCGUCCUCACCCUUUCGCUGCUCUCUGGUUUCAGUGAUGCUCUGAUCUUCAUGUUCCUCCAGUCUUACGCUCUUGUGUACGACCAGUGGGGCUUCUCAGCUUACCAGAUCGGUCUUGCUUUCCUUCCUCUCCUCAUCGGAUACUUCAUCGCUUGGUUCUCAUUCUUCCCCGCCAUUGCUCGCAAUAAGAGACAACGUCGCGAGAACCCCAACGACGAGCACGCUCAGUACGAGUCUCGUCUCUGGUGGCUCCUGUUCACCGUUCCCUGUCUUCCCAUCGGUCUGAUCGGCUUCGCCUGGACCAGCGGUGGACCCCCAAUUCACUGGAUCGGCUCCAUGAUUUUCUCCGCAGUCAUCGGUAUCGCCAACUACGCAAUUUACAUGGCCACCAUCGAUUACAUGAUCUGCGCUUACGGUCCUUACUCCGCUUCCGCCACUGGUGGUAAUGGAUGGGCUCGUGAUUUCCUUGCCGGUGUGUUGACCGUACCCGCCACCCCCUUCUACACCAACAUUGGCGGCGAGCACCACCUCGAGUACGCCUCGACCAUUCUCGCCUGUAUCGCUUUCCUCCUUGUGAUCUCGGUCUACGUCAUCUACUGGAAAGGACCUGUUCUCCGCAAGCGUUCGCCCUUCGCUCAGCAAUUGUCUUCUGCCCGUGAAGACAAUGGUGGCAGAAGAGCUUCGGCCAUCUACGGCCCCAGCAGACAAAACUCCAUGACUGGCGCUUCUGUCAAGUCGAGUGCAUCGCAAAGACAAUCCGUCUAGAUUUAGAGCGUGGAUUGUUUGUAAUAUUAUCAUGACCAUUUCCUUGUUUCGUCUUGUCGAAAAGACCUUAUAGAUACCCAUAAUCAAACUUAUUACCUUAUUCAUAAUCACAAUCUUAUUCCC